UUUCUCUCGAGAGCCCCCCGUUUCGCCGUCGUCUUUCUCUGCCCACAGCUUCAAUCCAAGAUCCUACAAUUUUCCAAUAAACCCUCUUUCAGCACCCUAAAUUCCGAACCCCACUUAUAUAUUCCCGAUAUAAAACCCCCUUUUGAUUCGAUGCUAAGUCGAAGGUUUUGUGCAUCUAUCUCCUAUCUCAAUCUCAACCCUCUUCUUUUUACCAAAAAACCUACAAAUCCUCUCCUCGUAAUCAACCAAUUCCCUUCACGAAUCCCAAAUUCUCAAACCCCCAAGUUAAUUUCUGGUAUGGGCGAAUCCCGGAGACUCGCCGCCGUCCCAAUUCCGUCGGUGGAAACCGCCGACCGGACCGAGUUGUAUCGCGCCCUGGAAACAUCUGUGGGUUCAUCAUUCAGUUCAGAGCCAUUGGCUCCAAAGCCAAGGCCUUUGAUCAUAGUGAUUAGUGGUCCUAGUGGUGUGGGCAAAGACUGUUUGAUAAAAAGACUGAGAGAAGUUAGGGAAAGCAUUCACUUUGUUGUGACAGCCACAAGUAGGCCAAUGAGGGCAGGUGAAGUGAAUGGGAAAGAUUACUUUUUUAUGAGUAAAGAAGAGUUUUUAGGAAUGGUGGAAAAUGAUGAGCUUUUAGAGUAUGCAUUGGUGUAUGGAGAUUACAAAGGGAUACCAAAACAACAGAUUAGAGAUUAUAUGGCAAAAGGGUAUGAUAUUGUGUUGAGAGUAGAUAUACAGGGUGCAGCUACAUUGAGAAAGAUUCUUGGGGAUUCUGCGGUUUUCGUGUUUCUUGUGGCGGAGAGCGAGAGCGAGUUGGUGAUGAGGCUGAUUGAUCGGAAAACGGAGAGUAAGGAGGCGUUGUUGGUGAGGGUUGCCACAGCUAGAGAAGAGUUGAAGCAGAUGAAGAAUUUCGAUUAUGUGGUUGUGAAUGCUGAAGGGAAGUUAGAGAGUUGUGUUAAGACGAUGGAAUCGAUCAUAGAUGCAGAGAAAGCUAAAGUUUCGCAAAGGAGAGCGAUGGUUUAGUCGGGAUGGUAAUGUAUGUUUUUUGCAGCUUUUAUUCACAUAUGAUGUUUGGUUGAUUAGUUAAGCGAAUGCUUGUUGAAAGUUUGAUGCAAAAUUUGGUUCUUUUUACGUGUUCAAUUGAUUCUAAAUCGUAGAAAAAGCCAUGGAUUGUGUCUUGCUUUCUGAACA